AGAUACCUGAGUUGGAUGCUGGCGGGGAGCCGAGGCAGAGGAGAAGCGACCUGCUGGGGGUGAGACUGGGUGAACGCUGCAGAGGACUCAAAGGAGUUUUUAUUUUUCAUCAUGCCGAGAAAAAGAGACACGGAUGAUGUUGAGAUAGAGGUUGACGCGGACAGUGACAGUGAUGACGGCACCACCCAGAGGAGAACAAACAGAAGACAGGGAGCUGGAAAAGGAGGCGCAAGGGGAAGAGGGAAAAAACCAGCCAGUGAAGACGAAGAUGAGGACGAUGAGGAUGAAGCUCCCAGGGGCCGCAGGGGGGCAAACAAGAGGAAGCCAGCCAAGAAGCGUGGAGGUGGAGAUGAUGAUGAUGAUGAGAGUGAAGAUGAAGCGCCCAAAAGAAAGCCGAAAGGAGCAGCCAAUAGGAAGAAAGGAGGCAAAGCUCAGGACAGCGAUGAGGACAGCGAUGAUGGGAAAGGAAAGAAGGGAAAGAAGGGGGGAGGAAAGAAAGGAGGGAAAGAGGAGGAGGACAGUAAGGGUAAGAAGGGGGACGCCAAAGGGAAGGACAAGGGGAAAGACAAGGACAAUGACAAAGACAAGAAGAAGAAGAAAAAGAAGGAUGACAGUUCAUCUGAUUCCAACACGGACUCCGAGGAGGAGGAGUCCAUGUCAGAAGGAGAGAUGGCUCGGCUGAUGGAGGAGGUGGAGGAGAAGAAGAAACUCAUCGCCAACAUCAGGAACAAGCCGUGGAGGAUGAAGCGGAGGCUCGUACACCUAAAGGAGGCUCAAGAGUUUGUGGAUAAGUUUGAAGGAGCUCUGGGCAAAGGAAAAGGCAGGAAGUGGUACGCCUACAAAGUGAUGAUGACAAAGAAAUGGAUCAAGUUUCAGAGGGAUUUUGAGAACUUCAGAACAGCCUGUAUCCCCUGGGAGAGGAAGAUCAAAGAGGUGGAAAGUCACUUCGGGUCAUCUGUGGCAUCUUACUUUAUCUUCCUGCGCUGGAUGUACGGCAUGAACCUGGUCCUUUUUGGUUUCACCUUUGGACUUGUGGUCAUCCCUGAGGUCCUGAUGGGCCUUCCCUAUGGGUCCAUUCCCAGGAAGACUGUACCCAGAGCAGAGCAGGACACCGCUCAAGACUACUCUGUCCUCAUGGAUUUCAAUGGCUACUGCAAAUAUUCAGUCCUCUUCUACGGAUAUUAUAAUAACCAGAGGACCAUCGGCUUGCUGAAGUUCAGGCUGCCUCUGUCCUACCUCAUGGUCGGGAUCGGCACCUUCGGCUACAGCCUGAUGGUCGUGAUACGCACAAUGGCCAAGAACGCUGAUGUCGGCGGUGGAGACGGAGACGAAGGAGAGUUCACAUUUGCCUGGAAGAUGUUCACCAGCUGGGAUUACCUCAUAGGCAACUCAGAGACCGCUGACAACAAAUACGCCUCCAUCACCACCAGCUUCAAGGAGUCCAUUGUGGACGAGCAGGAGAACCAGAAGGAUGAGAACAUUCACUUGCGGAGGUUCCUCAGAGUCCUGGCCAACUUCCUGAUCACCUGCAGCCUCGGCGGCAGCGGAUACCUCAUCUACUUUGUGGUGAAGAGGUCUCAGGAGUUUGCCAACAGGGACGACCUCAGCUGGUACGAGAAGAACGAGUUGGAGAUCAUCAUGUCUCUGCUGGGUCUGGUGUGUCCUCCUCUGUUUGAGACCAUCGCUGAGCUGGAGGACUACCAUCCUCGAAUCGCCCUCAAGUGGCAGCUCGGACGCAUUUUUGCCCUCUUCCUGGGAAACCUCUACACCUUUCUGUUCGCGCUGUUUGACGAGGUCAACACCAAGCUGGUAGAAGAGGAGUCCAUCAAGAACGCUUCCAUCUGGGCCAUGAAGGAGUAUUACGCCAACUACUCACGUAUGGUCAAUGACAGCGAGGCCACACCACCCCCCAUGGACCCUUCUGAUGUCAUCAGAGGACCUUGCUGGGAGACCGCUGUUGGCAUUGAGUUUGUUAAGCUGACAGUGUCGGACAUCCAGGUGUCCUACCUCACCAUCCUGAUCGGUGACUUUGCUCGAGCUGUCAUCGUUCGCUUCCUUAAUUACUGCUGGUGCUGGGACCUGGAGGCUGGAUUUCCCUCAUAUGGAGAGUUUGACAUCAGUGGUAACGUACUUGGACUGGUCUUCAAUCAAGGGAUGAUCUGGAUGGGUGCGUUUUAUGCUCCUGGGCUGGUCGGCAUCAACGUGCUCCGCCUCCUCAGCUCCAUGUAUUAUCAGUGCUGGGCUGUAAUGGCCACCAACGUCCCCCACGAGAGAGUCUUCAAGGCCUCCAAGUCCAACAACUUCUACAUGGGUCUGCUGCUUCUCAUCCUCUUCCUCAGUCUGCUACCUGUCGUCUACACCAUCAUGACCCUGCCACCUUCGUUUGACUGCGGACCCUUCAGUGGGAAGCCGAGGAUGUUUGAUGUGAUCAUGGAGACGAUCGACCUGGACCUGCCGGCCUUCAUGGGGACGCUUUUCAGCUACGCAGCCAACCCAGGCCUCAUCAUACCAGCUGUACUGCUCAUGGUACUGGCCAUCUACUAUCUGAACUCAGUGUCUGAGGCCUAUCAAAACUCCAACAUGGAGCUGAAGAAGAAGAUGCAGAUGGCUCGGGAUGAGGAGAAGAACCGGAGGAACAACACCGACAGCACCAACCAGGUCAUGAAAGACCUGGAGGACCUGCUGCCGAACAGAUCCCUCAUCCCCCCUGCUCCUCCAGAGCCUGAAAAGCCUCCAGAGCCGGAAGCAAAGCCAACAAAGACAAAGCCCGGCUCGGCUGGUAAAGGCGUAAACCUGCAGAAAGAUGUGGCUCUGGCGUCUCCCAACCCCAACGCUCGAGGGCCGGUGAGCCGGCCGCCCGGGCCGAGAGGAGCUGGACCAGGGCCAGGUCCGGGUGCUGGACCGGGCCGAGGCCGUGGGAGAGGGCCCCCUCCAAGAUAACAGUGUGAGAAAAUCCUGCAGGCUGUGUUCAAGCCUCAGACAAUCUCUGUUCAUUUCACAGCUGGAGACAUAAAUAAGCACAAAACAAGCUGCUGAGAUUGUGACCUUUGUUAAGUCUUCAUAUUUCCUUACUGCGUUCAAAAGUUCACCAGGGGUUAAUUUUGAAAACUACAGCUCUAUAAGCUUUAACCUACAGAGCAGUUUCGCAACACAGUUCUGUAAAAACCUCAAUUUUGUCUUCAGUAUCUUAUUAUGUAUUAAGGAAGACUGUGUUUUUUAUAGCAACAGUGCCUCUGAUAAGAUAAGCUACAGUCAGACAGAGCUUCAUUCAUCCCAAAGGAAAUUUCUGUGCCUGAGAUACACAGUAUACACCGGAGCUAAAAAGUUUGACAACCAUGUAGAUGCCUUUGCUGGAGCUUUUAACACAGUCUAACACAGUCUUUCUCAGUGGACUGAAUUUUCUCAGUUGUCAUAAUCACCACCCGUAUAUAUGGCAACUCAGCAAACAAUUCUGCAGAGGAAUGAGGUGAGAUGUGGCUGAAAGUCCCGUAAAAAGUUAGUAAGUAGACCUUGAGUUAAUUUUUUUUUGUGUCAGGCUUAUUAUAAAUUGUACACAUAGUGUUUCUAGUAAAUAAAAAAUAUAUAAAGUAUAAAUGAAAGUGCAUUAUAAACAAGGAAAGAGAGAUACAAACUUUGAAUCAAAAGACCAUUCAAACACAGACUAUUAUCCUUGGGCCAUGUUGUAAGCACAAUAGUACUAAAAGUAAUUUCAUUAUCAAGACACCUCAUUGUG